GUCCCCUUUCCGUCUGCCAUUUGUCACAUUUUAUGGAAUAAAAUCAGUCAGUGUCAGGCUGCAGUAAUUUUUCUGAUUCGAAAAUUGUGAGUAAAUAACUUAACAACUUACUUUGCCACAUUUUCUUUACACAGAGCAAUGAUUUAUAUUCACGUAAUACUUGCACUCUCAAUAACCAUUGGAAUUUUUCUCAAUAACAUUUUGCUUUUCAAUUUUACACUUGACUUUGUCGACUUAGACUUAGACUAACUUUACUUUAGGGCCUACUUGCUAAAUUCAUAAUUGUAGGCCUAAUUUUCAUUAUUGAUAAUUAUUUAAUAUUAAUAUUGUACCAAGUGUGAGUGACUAAGAUAAUGAAAAAGAAAUGUAAGUCAAAGUCACAGUAGUCAGUAGUAAGUGAAGGCCGGUAAUCUACCACUUGAGCGGCCAAGAAAAAAUCGAGCUGUUCCUGUUUGAAUUUGAAGAGCUAUUUAAAAAACUAUUAUUAUAUUAUUUUUAAUGACAUUGGUUGUACGUAUUCAUUCCCAUAAUAAUAGACAAUUUUUUUAAAUUAGAAAAACUAUAAAAAAAAUUUUGAAAUAGAAGAUAAUGUGUGAAAAUGGAAUUAUGCAUAGUUAUCCCCCAAGUAGACAAUGAAGUUUAAAAAAAUAUAAUUUCCACGAAAACGGUUGUGGUACAUGAAUCCACGUAAAUAUGAAGGGGAAAGAUCACUCAAACUGUCUUUUCAGUUUACGCUUUCUGAGCAUUCACGUUCUCCACAUUCUGUGUGUGGACAUCCGCGUUAGCUAGGUUAAAAAAAAAGUAAUUGUAGUCUCUCUUUCUUCCUGGCAUAUCGGUAGCUUGGCAGCAAUAAUUAUUUAAAUGUAUUAGUAUUGUGCUAUAUAACUUUAUAGCCUCUAUGCAGAAGCAAAUAUAUUAACAGACUCCAAUGUAAGUAUAGUUGUUUAAAUAGCCCUUCCAAACGGAACAACUGGAUUUUUUCUUGGCCCACGCUGAAGUGGUAGAUUACCUGAAGGCCUACUUACUUAGUUACUGAGUGCCCAGCAGAGGUGGCCAACUUAAACUCCAAAGGCUUUUGGCAAAGGAAGGCAAAGGGCUUCAAAAGCCAAUUUGAUCAGAAAUCAGAAGUCCACUGUUACUGUUAAUUGUUCUGUUCACUGGCAACAUCUACUUAAUUAAUUAAAAAUUAUAAAAUAAACACUAACACAAUAAAUGCACAACGUACAUAAAUAUGUGUUUAUUCCUAAUGAAUUGACACAGUCACACAUCAUUCAUACUUAUCAGAACAGAUCUGAUAACACAUCCAUUCCUACAUGUACCACUGAAAUAAAUAAAAUUCCAUAGAUUUAAUUGAGUAUAACUAUAACUCUUUAAUAUUUGUGUAUACUAUAAAAUUUAUUAGAGUGUAUUAUAAUGGCUUAUAUCAUUAUUGUGCCGGUACAGUGCCUUUGAGUUUGAGUGAAGUGCAGUGGGGAGGAGCAUAAAUCGAGGUGCACCAACUAAAGGCCCACAAGCAAAAUUGUGGGCAGUGGGGUCAGUGAGCUUGAAAAUAUUUAGACCUAGUAUUUUUUUUAUCCCCAACAAAAUCGUAUUAUAAUUUUAAAUAACGCAAUAAUAUUUUUGUUAUUUUAAAUUGAACUGUAAUACAAAGCAACCAAGGCGUAUGUUUACCUUUCAAAACAGAAAUCUCUUUUGGGCUGUCCAUAAAGUACAUCACGAUCCAGAAGUGGAGUGGGAUCUAAGAAAAUUUGACAGUUUGUGACGGGGGUUUAAGAUCACACAUUUUAAUUAUUUGUUCAUACACAGAAACUUGAAAUUGACAAUGAUUUUAAACUUUUUGAUGUAUGUAUUCUGACUGAAGAUAUCUUUUUUAUAAAUUUAAUUUAAUAGUUAAGUGUGCUUAAGUUUAAAUUUGCAUUAUUUGUUAAUUUUUUAACAAUAUUUAUUUUGAAAGUGUGACAUACUUUGGGGGGUGUGUAAAAAAAAGUAUAAAAAAAUUGAGGAAAAUACUUUAUGGAAUGCAUUUUAUAACAAGGUAGCUUUGCUUUUCUAUAAAAUUAAGCAGGUAAUGAUCAUUGUGUCCUUGCUCCCUUACUCACCCAAACCCUAGGCCUUCUGUUCAAAACUAUUGUUACCCCAACCUUUAUAUUAACUUUGCUUUUGUGUGUGUGUUUUUACUGGGUGAGAAAAUCUUCGGACUGCUAAUUGAUUCAUUUCCCUUCAGCCUAUUGAGCUGAAACUUGGCACAUAGACUCGUUGCUGAUAACAACACAUGCUUUCAAAUUUUCAGGCCCACCUCCCAACCCCCAAAAAUCAAUUUUUCCUGUUUUUUAAAUAGGAAGAUGAAGGACAUAUGAUGUUGUUGAUUUUACGAAAUCAAAUUCCUGAUAACUGUGCUAAAUGAGAUUCUUACAACAAAAACAACAAAAACCCAAGUUUUUUAUAUUUUGCCACCUCAGAUUUUGACAAUAUUUUAUAUUACCUUGUGACUGUUGCAAAUAAUCUUUUAAUAAGUUCCUUUUUGUUUUUCCUAUUUUUGCUUUGGAUAGAUUUAAAUAAUACCUGUAAUACCAGAUAAGCUUUAAAAUGUGUGUGUAAUUACCAUUUCUCGCUGGACUGGAUUUCUUUAAGUCUUGUUCCAGUUAAACCAAUGCAUCUACUUUAAAUACAUUUCUUAUUUAAGGUAUAACUACCACGUUUUGUUGAUUGGGAAAAAUGGUUUAAUUUUGUAGUAGAAACAAGAAAAGGGUUUCAUAAUUAAUUUUAUUGAUGGCUCAGGCAUAAAAUAAACGUUUACACUAUUUUUCUAAUAAAUAUUUAAAAGACUUUAUAAUGUAAAUAAAAAAAAACUGACACAGACAACUGGGAGCCAAAACAACUGGUUAAUAUCCUGCAUUUUUAUCAUAAGGGCUCUGAGAUUAAAGGAAACCAAAAUAAUUGAACAAUUUUACCAUUAUUUUUUUUUAUUCAGAUCCACUUCAAUUAAAUAUGCUGAAAAGAAGUAAGAAAAGAGUAGGCUGGCUAAACAAAACAAACUGACAAAAACUACUGUGUUAGUCAUCAAAGGGUGGCAUAUGACAAGUUGUUGUCUUUUGUUGACAAGAUUUAUCAAUGAAGUGUUAUUAAAGUAGGAAAUGAGAAAACAACAUUACUGUUUUAGUAACAAUAACAAAUAAAAAUAAAGGAUUUGUAUAAACACAACCAGGUCAUGGGAACCUACAUUUCCACUAGAAUCUCUUCAGUUUGUACUAUGUGUAGAGUAAUGAAAAACUAAAUUCAGGUAUGCCUCAAAAUAAAUUCCUGCAUUUUAAAUUUAUCAAAAUCCAUCAGACAUCUGCACCCACAUUGGACGCCCUCGAUUUCUGAUCCUCCCACCCCAAAUCAAAAUCAAAGUGACUUUAUUUAAACAAAAAUGCCUACAUAAAUUUCCCCUGAGGCGAUACAAUACCUAGCUUGUUUAUAUUACAUAUCAUUUAUUGAUAAAACAAGGGGGCCUCAUUUUCAGGCUUUGCCCCUGUUGCAGCUUUUCCUUUGCGGUUGCAGCUUUUCCUUUGCACUGUCUUGGGUGGCAGAAUAGUUGUGACCUUUUCUUCAGAAAAAAUACAAAAACGGAUCUGAGCUGAUUUUAACUUUGGAAAUGUAACUAAAAUAAAUUCUUUAUGGCUCCCUAAACUCCUUAGUUGUUACAUUAAAAGGGAAUGUUCAGCACUGGGUCGUCCAAAAGCUAUUAAGCCUACAUUUUAGAAUAAAUAUGUUUAACAUUGUUUAAUUAAAUGAAAGAAGAAAGCUUGGCUAAUUAAAUUAAAAUUAUACAAAUUCAAAAUUUGUUGCUGUAUUGCAUCAUCAGUGAUUCUCUCCGCCUCCCCCCAUCCCGAGAAGCACACGUUUCAGCUCAGAUAACAGUUUAAAUGUUUUUCAUCAACUAUAAACUUGCUAUUUUUAAAACAAAAUGGGCAGUCGUGACCAAUCCCGACUUUAGCCCCCUCCCUAAAAUAGCUACGAUGUAUACAGUAUGUGGCAGGAAGCUCAUUAUCAUUAUCACAAAAACCAAUCCAGCAUAGGCCAUAGCUGGAACUGGAAACAUAGUUUUGUCUACUACAGGGGUUCUUACACCGCACCUCAUUUGAUUUUAAACAUACCCUCACCCCUACCCUCAGAUUAUAAGUAUUGUAAUAAAUUUGAUAUACAUGUGAAUGAAAAUAAUUCACUUGUGGGAAGUUAUGAUAUUGUUCCUUCUUUAAUUAGUCAUUAGAACACACAGAAAUGCACCAGUACACAGGGCCGUCUUAAGAACAUAGGGGGCUCUGUGCACAGCAAUGCACUGGGGCCCCAGCAACACAACACUCCAGGGUCGUUAAAAGGGGGGGGGGGGGCGAAGUGAGGCACUCGCCCCAUGCCCAAACAGUAGGGGGGGGUGUCGCAAACAGUUGUUGCCCCCAAGCCCCAGCAACACAACACUCCAGGGUCGUUAAAAGGGGGGGGGGGGCGAAGUGAGGCACUCGCCCCAUGCUCAAACAGUAGGGGUGGGUGUCGCAAACAGUUGUUGCUCCCAACUCAACUCACCCAGAGGAAUAACAUUGUAAAAUAAGAAUAAACCUUCACUAAAGUUCAAAAUAGGUUAAUUCAACUUAUUUAUACACAAAAUUAUGCGAUAAUGGUUUUAAAACAUCAGAAAUACAUUAUAAUUCAUCCCAAAUGAUGAUAAAUUAUCAGGUUCUCCAUUUUAUUACUUAGUUUUUCUGCCUCAUCACGCCUCGUUUUUUCUUUUCCUGAUCAGUGUCAGCUAAUACAGAGUCUAGAACACCUUGUAUUUUUUUUUUAAGCGUUGACGGCAUCAAAAUGUGCCGACCAUCUUGUGUCAGACAGAUGCUUUACGACAACGAGAGAUUUUUCUAAGGAAGAUACCAGAACAUUCCAUCGAUGGGUGAAAGCUGAGAAAAGGGUAUAUAGGCGCUGAACAAAGUCAAAGAAUUUCCCAACUUGUAGACAACACUCUGCUGCUUUUAAGCCCACUAAGUUCAGGCUGUGUCCAGCACAAGGGAUAUACACGGCAAACUCGUGCUUGCAAUCCAGAGUAGCGUCCAAACAUAUAAAUUUUAAGCUUUUUCAUACGAUUGACCACGGAAAAUUUCGUUUUCAUUCAGGAAAUCCAAAACAUUGUCUGCUAGAUCCUUUGAUACACAACAGUGUUUGUUAGAUCAUUUGCUCCAUGGGAAAGUAUGAAAAUUAACUUGAUAAAAUGUUCCACAGACUUAAAUCCUCGAAUGUACCGGACCGUAAAUGUCAGUUGAUCAAUGUGUGAAAUGUCUGAAGUGGAAUCAUAACUUAUUGAAUAAUACUUUGACUCUUUAAUUUCUUCCAGAAUAACACAAAGGACAUGUUGCCCCAUUAGAUCAAUACAUUUUUCUCAAAAAUUUGCCGACAGAUAUGAUGUUACCCUUUCCAGCAUUUCCAUACAGUUUGAGAUACUCUUCCAAAAAAUGGUUAAAUUCACUCAACAGCUCUAAAAUACCUAAACAAUUUCCAUUGUUUACUGACCCAAUAGUUUGAUCCAAACCUCUGGAGGCAAGAGGGCGAACAACAUAGACCCCCACGAGCCAGAACUUUAUGCCAGUACUUCUGUUUUGACCAAUGAUCUUUGAUUAAUAAAGGACCUAAAUCUAGCUUCUUUCAGUCAAAGAAAAUAUGCAGUCAUGUCCUUGCGAUGCACUUCUCCAUUUUCAUGUUCUACAGUUAGAUUGUUAAGUUUCCAGUACAUAAAUCCUGACAUAGCAAAGGGAAAUACUUUUUGGACAAUAGACUACACGCAAAACAAUACACCCUUGGUAUGGUGAAUAGAGAAGCCAUUCAAGUUUUACAUACUCGCCAUUCUGCAGUUCACGUUUGAACAUAUUUCUUGAUAAAUACCUUGUCUUAGUUCUUUCUUCUCCAGCUCUGCCUGAGUUUGAAAGGUUGCAGUCAUGAUUCUGACACAAUGAUAUCCCACCGCGACUUCAGUACUCAACUGUACAAGUGUUCAUAAUAUUCCAAAGCCCGGGAUCUGUGUGGUGAAUCUCACACUCUCGUUUUCUGACACAGCUUUGUCUGUUCAGACUGACACGUGCCCCGCUAAAAACGAACAUUUUGAAAUGAUCAAUAGAAAUGGUGCCAUUAAUAGAAUCGAUCUCUGUGUUUGAGCUACCCGGUAUGUAAGAUGAAAAUGACGUUGAGCUUUAAACAGUGAGUACAAAUUAUGUCUUAAAUAGAGACCGACCAAAUUUCGGCUUUGGUUUUGGCGCCGAAAUUGGCCAUUUUAUCACUUUCAGCCAAGUUUCGGUUUUGGCCGAAACUGAUAGGUUAACUUUCGGCUUAAUUUGGUUUCGGCCGAAAGAGAAAAGUUAACUUUCGGUUUUUCUUCGGUUUCGGCGGAAAUGACUUAGACUUUCGGCCAUCCGGCCGAAAGUGACUCAGGUUUUCGGUCAUCUAAUGCUCAGCGAAAGCGAUAUUUAACAACAAACUAAGCGACAUAUAAGAACAAAUUAAGCGAUCAUUGAGAACAAACUAAACAAUAUUUAACAAAAAAACUAAGCGACAUUUAAGAACAAACUAAACGAUCUUUAAAACAAACUAAGCGCUCUUUAAGAACAACCUAAGCGAUCUUUAAUAACAAACUAAAUGAUCUUAAAGAACAAACUAAACGAUUUUUAAGACCGAACUAAAUUAUCUUUAAGAACAAAACAAAUGAUCUUUAAUAGUAAACUAAAUGAUUUAUAAUAAUAAACUAAGCGAUCUUUAACAGGAAACUAAAUGCUUUUUAGGAACAAAAUAAAAGAUCUUUAAGAACAAACUAAUCGAUCUUAAGGAAAAAAAUCAAUUAUCUUUAAGAACAAAUUAAGGGAUCUUUAUGAAAAAACUAAGCGAUCUUUAACAACAAACUAAACAAUCUUUAAGAACAAAUAAAGCGAUCAUUAACAAAAAUUGGACUAUCUUUAAGAAAAAACCAAGCGAUCUUUAUGAACAAACUAAAGGAUCUUUAACAACAAACCAUGUGAUCUUUAUGAACAAACUAACCGAUCUAUAGGGAAGAAAAACUGGGCGAUCUUUAACAAAAAACUAAGCAAUCUUUAAGAACAAACUCACCGAUCUUUAAGAACAAACUAACUGAUCAAUAACAAGCAACUAACGUUCUUUAACAACAAACUAAACCAUCUUUAAAAAAAACAUAAAGCGACCUUUCAGAACAAAUUAAGCGAUCUUUUAGAACCAUAACAGAACAACAAUUUUUAGAGACCCGGUUUAAAAAAAUAAUAUUUUGCAUUAAUUUAUUCCCCCCUUCCAUUUUUGCCAAAUUUUCUCCUACCAUACUAAUUUUAAAAAAAUAGUAAAGCAAUUUAAAAUACUUUUAUAUUAAAAUGGUAAAAUCCAAAGUAUUCAUUAGAUCAAGGAUCUCAAACUCAAAUCAUCAGGGGGCCCGCAGGAGGUAGUGUCUGAAUGAGAGUGGGCCGCAUCAAGUAAUCCACAAAAAAGCGAUUACAACUGUUACAAUCUGCUCAACCUUUAUAAAUAACAAUAAAAUCAUUAAGGGUUCUCAAGAACUAGGAUUCACUUUCAUCCACCUACUCACUGUUGCAUACAAAAAUAUAUAAAAACAUUUUUUUUAAAAAUCAGAAUUAGACUAGUCGAUGAGAUUCGACUGAAACCGUCGCGGAGAGUCACGCUAUAGAUAUGAGAAUGGAGGAAACAGGCCGGCGCAUUAAUACUAAACUUUUCUGUCAUGUAGCGGGCCGCAAAAUAUCGCGGGCCACGAGUUUGAGACCCCUAUAUUAGAUGUUUAUUUAUUAAUAUUCACGAUUAUCUCAUUUUUUAUAAAAAGAAUGUAAAUAUUUUUACUUUCCCACAUCAUUUUCGAUGAAUGCAGAAUGUAUGCGGGAAAGAAUUUCAAAAUAUCUUAAUAUUUCGGCUUCGGCCGAAAUUCAUUUUUAACUUUCGGCCUUUUUUCGGUUUUGGCCGAAAGUCAUUUUUAAACUUUCUGCAUUUUUUCGGUUUCAGCUGAAGGUCAUUUUAAACUUUCGGUCUAUUUUCGGCUUUGGCCGAAAUCAGAAAAUCACUUUCGGUCGGUCUUUAGUCUGAAUGCCUAUAUAUUACUGCCUACAGCUCAGACAUACGGUGACUGUUGGGUUCUAUUUAUCAUCUAAAUAUGUUUUUCAGACACAGAAUACAAAAUAUUUUUCUGUAGAAAAAAUAUAAAGUUAUUUGUUUUUGUUUUUUUAAAAAUAAGGUUACUUUUAAAAAGAAUUAUUCAUUGGUGACCUACAAAUUCAUGAUAUAAUGCUAAUUAAAUUCAGUAGUACUUUAACUGGUGCUAGGAUAGAUUUGAAGCAGAGACGUAUCUAGGGUUCAUACCGCCCCCCCCCCCCCCCCCGGGGCCAACAUCUUUGUCUAACAUGAUUGUAAACAAAUACUCUAAAUUUAUUUUUUUCCAUUCAUAUCAGGGAGAAGUAAAACUUGUGGAAUAGAGUUAUUCCCCUUUUAAAGUUUAUAAAGUAUCCAACUUAUGAUUCGCAUUUAUAAUAUUAAUUUUGGAAGUGCCAAUAAAAUAAUAAAAUCGUGGGUUAAAAUUGGGAGACGUGCUUGUCCACUGAUUUUUAAAUCAAAUUUAAUUACCAAAACUUUUCAAUAUUCAUUAACAAUAUUUACAACAUGAAGCCUUUAAAAGAGUGAGUCUCCUUGAAGCAAGGGCCCCCCUAUAAGCGCGGGGCCCUGGGCAAGUGCCCACUGUGCCCAUGCCUUAAAACGGCACUGCCAGUAAAUAAUGCUCAAACAAAAUUCAACACACAAAAAAAAAAAAAAGUUGCUACCGGUACUAUUAAAAAAUAUGAAAAUUAACCUGAUUUUCCGGGUCUUCCCUCACUUUCUAACCCACAAAUGGAAAGCUUCUCCCAGUGUUGUUGCCCCCACCGCAUCAAAAAGCCAAACAGAAAUAACAAGCUGAUUUAUUUCACACGGAACCUACCCAAAAGCAGACGUGAACAUUUUUACUGUAUUUAUCUAUUCAUUGUGCCUGGUGCUGUGGAAUUUCGAACUUAUAUCCUCUUGCUUCUAUAUUGGAACUUUCUUGUACGGUUUUAAAUUAAAUGUGUGCGUGUGUGUGUGGAGAAAAAAAGGGGGGUGGGGUGGGGUUCAGUUAGUUUGCACGCGCUCGUCUUGUACAAACACAGACUUUAGCCUCAGUGUCAGCGGGCUAUAGGCAGUUGUAACCUUUAAAAAACAAAAUGUUUCUACAUUGACUGGAAGAAAGUUAAACGCCAAGGUCAAGUUGUAAUAUUCAUCAAACUCGAAUCAGUUUCAGUUUGUAGUCGUGUCAACACUGAACAUGUAGGCUAUCUCUUACUUGCAGGGAGGUCAAAGGCACAAACAUUUAGUUGUGGAUCGACGGUAUCGUAUUUAUUUCAGUCUUGACAUUUCCUCCCGGUGGAUCGUGCUACGUUUGAAAGAAGUUUCACCUGUUGCUGUAGUAUCCAUUGAACAUGAGUUCAAUGUAAAGUACAAUUUUUGCAUUUUUAAUAAAUAGUGUGGAGCAUUCAUUCCUCUGCUGUUUGGACUUAUAAUUUAACAUGUGACUUGCUUUUCUAUCAAUGUUUAUUCCGGUGGCUGGGACUAGGUUGUGCAACACAUCAAAGCAGAAUUCAGUGGUAAAACAAUAGAAAUUAUCUGUCAUAAGAAAAGUGUGCACGUUUGUUUGCUCAGACCAAUUGUCGGCAAAACGCGGGUCGCGAGCCACAUGCGGCUCUUUAGCGACCUGAGGGCGGCGCGGCCAGCCGGCCUACAAAUCGGUUUUGACUCCGAAAAACAUGGUUCUUGACAGGUUCUUGAAAAGAAAUGUGGCUCUAAAAUUUUUUUAAAAUCGUCCUGCUUCUGAUUUUUUAAAUGAGUAAAACAGAGUAGGGUUACAAUUGAAAAAAGAAAUGCAACAAAACAACGAACGUGUCAGCAGAAAGCCUUCGUCAGCGAACAAAACAACAGAAAAAACGGUAUAAAACUAAUAAAUAGCACUUAGCUUAGAAGUAGUAUCCGUGGGCAGCAAAAGAAAUUUCUAUUUAAAAAAAAAAAAAAAAAAGAUCUACGAUUUCAUUAAUGUAAUAUUGAUAGUGAAACUAAAAAAAAAUAAAAAAAAAGAAAAGCAACAAAACAACGAACGUGUCAGCAGAAAGCCUUCGUCAGCGAAAAAAACAACAAAAAAAACGGUAUAAAACUAAUAAAUAGCACUUAGCUUAGAAGUAGUAUCCGUGGGCAGCAAAAGAAAUUUCUAUUUAAAAAAAAAAAAAAAAAAGAUCUACGUUUUCAUUCAUGUAAUAUUGAUAGUGACACUACAAAAAAAUAAUGUUAAAUUUGCACUAAAACCAUGCUUGAGGCUAUUGUCUUUUAAAUAAGGACUGAAUCCUCGCACUUAUAGAUUUAGAUACAUAUAUACGGGGCAUAUAAAUUAAAACAGUAUUAUUUAAAAAAAAAUAAAACAUCCUGUUACAGCUUGCUGUCCUUUUGAAAGGUAAUAAGGGGAGAAACUGCACUCAGGUUGGCAAAAAAGAAAUGGGUAAAACAAAGCAUGGUCAAACCUGAAAAAAAGGAACGCAACAAAACAACGAACGUGUCGGCAGGAAGCCUUCGUUGGCGAACAAACAAAAGAAAAACAGAAUUAAAUUUUAAAAAAUAGCAUCUAGCUGAGAAGUAGUAGACGAGAGGGCAGCAAACGAAUUUUGACAGAAAAUAAGUAUGUGAGAGAUUAAAUACAGAUUAUUUUCUGCCACAAUUCGUUUAAAAAAAAUUUAACUCUGUAUUUUCUAUUGUUUGUUCGCUGACGAAGGCUUCCUGUCGACACGUUCGUUGUUUUGUUGCUAUCCUUGAUAUGUAUCGUGGGAUUUUAAUCUUAAACUCUACAGUAGGAACCUGGGACAGCUCAGGUAAGGUAUUAGUAAAGAAUAUAAUAUCGCGCGCACUACUGGAGAGCGAUCUAGCAAGUUUUUUCGGAGGUGUUCUUUUUGUUUUGGUUGAGUUGGCGUUUUUCUCCUCUCAAAAAUAGAACACAUACUACAACCUAGUUACCACACAUUUCUUUCGUUAUGCAACUCCUCCAGUGAAGAUGCCCAGCUCUUCUCCCACCGACUCUCACCCCAGCAUGACGUGUGAAUCUGGCAACUUGGAAACAUUCCAACAUGACUACCACCCCUGUCAUUUCCUCCACGCGAUUGUUUAAUUUAUUGUAUAUACAGCGACCGAGAUCUGGUGACUUAUGAAUGCUUCAUUUAUUCUGGAGUGGGGGGUGCAUUCACCUAGCAUAGUGUCCAAUAUAGGUAGUAAUCAAGUGUUCAUCAUCAGCAAGAAACUAUUGUACUGUACCCCCACCCCCAGUUUAUUUGCCCCGAAAUAUUUUAAGUGGGCCGACAUUUAUUGUAUAGGGAACUUGUUGAAUCGCACAUAUUUUAUGGCAGCAUUUUCCUGGCAAUUAAGCGAGAGUGACAACCACAAGCGUUGAAAUCGUCCAUUUUAUUUCUUGGGAUUCCCCUGAAUACCUGUCGUCUAAGUGCAUAUAAAAAAUGUAAAAACCGCGCGCUAGCUAUUUUAUGUUACAUACAUUUGGGUGGUUACGCUUGUUUAUUUUAGCGUCCAAUUAUUCACAGAGAGAUUUUGACGACACCCCCCCCCCCCCUUUCCCGGUUAUUGGUUAAAGAUAUAGUCCAAGUGUUAGUGUCAAGUUGAGACGGAUGAUUUGAAUACAGCGUAAAAUUAACUAUUAGCCCAGUUAGUGCUACCAACCAAAGUAUUUGUAAUAUUCUAAGUUGAUUUUAGCUCAGGUUCUAAUUUAUCUUUUGCCUCUAUCUGAAACCCUGGAUAAUUUCAGGAUGCCAUGGCCAUAGGCUAGAAAACAAUUGAAGGGAAAUGCUUUGAUGUCCUGUAAAGUUACAGCUCACACACAGCUGAUAUAAUAACAUGUCAAAAUGUGGAUAAUUUAGCCCUUACAACAUACCGCAGCCAGAACACGGUACUUAUUUGUUUCCAUCAGCGCUAGGAAGAUUAGACUUGCAUUGUCAGCCACAUGCGAGCAAUUUGACCCGAUUCUCAUGUUGUGAAAGCUCAAAGGCUGGGAAGGUAUAUGUGUUUCUGUUGUUUUUUUUUUUCUUCUGGAAAUUACUGUGAGUUGUGAAGAUGUUUGUAUGCCACUUCUGAACUGGACAAUGUAUAAGUAAUUUUCUCACAUAACUUCAAUUCACAGGAGAACUAUAUUGUUUGGUUAAAAUGUAUUAUCAUUUAUCUUUUUUUAAAACCAACCAAUCUUGAAUCAUUGGCAUGGCUUGGGUUAGUAGUGCUGCCCUGGUGUGAACGCCCCCCUCCCCCCUCCGCACCUCCCCCCUUCCUACGCCACGACAACCAACCUGUUUUUCCUCUCAUUUAAUUUAUAAGCUUUGUUUUUCAUUUGUCGUUACAGUGUCGUUUCACCAUUGCAGGGUUGCAUGAAGAUAUUUCAGUUCAGUGUUAACUAUUUUUUUUGAUCGACUAAGAAAGCUAUAUAUGCUAUGAGUAAUUGGCCUUUAAGCGUGUAAACUAAAAAUUUAUACUGCUUUCGAAAUUACCAUUUGUUUUAAUUAUGAAAUUAUAAUUUAUUUAUUUAAUAUUACUGUUGUUAUUUUGAACUUUCUCCUGGCUUCUCUUUAUAUGAAAAUUAAAAAGGGGAAGUAUUUUGAGUUCAUGGGGUGAUGAGUCUUUCUGACACGCAGAGCUUGACAGUGUAAAUUUAGGAACCCGUAUUGACUGCAGGACACCCUCGCCCUCCCCCCCCCCCUUUUUUUUUUCCUGUCAGUACCUACUUAUUAUUAUUUUGUUUAAAAUCUAUUUCUUGAUGAUAUGCUCUUUUUUUAAUUCAGUUAUUCUGUUCAAAUAACAUUGCUGCGAAUCGAGUGUCGCGACAAACGUUAAAAACUACACCAAAGAUAUCUGUAACGUGCAGCCUACACUAAUUUCGUCAGCUGAACAGCCCUGUCAUUAUUAACCCACUUUUUAUCCCCAGACCGCACACAGGCACGUACCCAUAUGCUGGGUGACCGGCGUAGGCCUACAUGCAUUGGGGCUUAGCUUCAUGAGGUCACAAUAUCUCAAUCUUAUGCACUAAAGGUUUCUGCAUUUUUAAGCUUUUGCCCUACGUAAUAUUAUGAAAUGAAAAAAGACGUUAACUGCCUGUGAAUUGCCUAUAUAAAUACGUCAUACUUUGUUGUCUUUUUAGGACCCAGGUCUCGUCAUAUAUUAAGUCAUUAAGACAUCAACCCCAUCCCCACUCUUUUUUUCAGGUUUACGUAAUCAUACCCCUUUCACUGUUCUUUAGGGAAUACUAAAAUGAAAAUGCACCAUUUGAGUUAUAAGGAUUGCUUUAGCAUAGCAGCAGUCUGGUCAUUUGCUUAAAAGCUUGAUGCAGCAUAUAGAUACCCCCACCCCCGGGUAAUCUGAUGGGUAAAAUUUCAAUUAUAUAUGGCAUGAAUAGCAGUUAAAGUGGGUUGGAUUGCAAGACUCCGACAACAGUUUGUGUAUGCGUGAGGCCACCCACCCAACCCCUGCUAGUGACGAGCAUUGUGUCCUUGCUCCCUUACUCACCCAAACCCAAAUUCUAGGCCUUCUGUUCAAAACUAUUGUUACCCCAACCGGAUUUUAUAAACACAUUCAUUGUUAUAGCAUAGCUACUUGAUGGAAUUCACCACGACGUGCAUAUUUUAUAAAGGAAAAAAAGGGGGGUUAUGUUUUGUAGAUUCACUCCUGCUGACACUUAAGACCAAUAUGCACCAAUACUUUUCCGUGCACUUGCAUAUCUAAUCACGUGACACCAUUUUUUCGAAACCUUUCAAGCUUUAAAUUUGUUUGGUGUAGUGUGUUGUAUUUAAAUAUUCCUUUACACUAUGGGAAUUGUCUCAAACCAAAACCACAUCAAAACCGUGAGUGGUUUUCUUGUGUAUUUAUAGCAGCUAGGUUAUGACAUGUAGGCUUAAUUCUGUAAUAAUUUCAUCACAUGCUCAAAAAAAAAAAAAAAGAUUCCUGUUGUAUAUUACACAAUCAUUGAAAGAGGUAAGAUUUUUAGGGAAAUGUCUCAAACCAAAACCAAAACAAAACCGUGAGUGGUUUUCUUGUGUAUUUAAAGCAGCUAGGUUAUGACAUUUAGGCUUAAUUCUGUAAAAAUUUCAACACAUGCUCAAAAAAAAAAAAAAAAAAAAAGAUUCCUGUUGUAUAUUACACAAUCAUUGAGAGUGGUAAGAUUUUUAGUUGCAUGUAGCUCUCAAUGUAUAGCCAAGCGCAGUGGUUUUCAACCUUUUUAGUGCUGCAACCCUUUGAUUACAUAAACAUUUGCCAAGUUGUGGCAUCCCACCACCAGGAUAUUAUAUAAUUAAUAGUUAUUUAUAAAAAAAAAGAAGAAUUUUUACCUCCAGUUUUGUUGUUAUUCUUUAAAAUAUUCAAAGGGCUAAAAGUUUUGUUUUAAAUCUGAAUCGUACAAAGAAAAAUUAAAAUUUAGAAAAUUUCAGUAAACUACCAACUUUAAAAUGGAGGACAAAAAAAAUAAACUAUUUUUUUUUAAUAUGAUAUAAUUUAACAAUUUUAAAAAAUUUAUUAAAUGUAGUUAUAAGACAUCUGUUACUUGACUCUGAAAUACUUAGAAUCCACAAGCUCAGUAAUUCCAAUCCAAUGGGGGAAAAAACAGGAUCAGAUUUGAAAAAAUUAUUUUCAUCUUUUGACCAUGCAGCUGAGACUUUGAAAUUAUAAAUUGGACUGAAUAGUUUAUAAACAAUCAUCAAAUGUGCUGACAGAGGUCUGACAACUGUUAAACUUCACAACCCAAAUCUGUCAUCACAAGUGUGCAAAAUAAAAUUGUGAAACUUCAUUUUGAAUUAGAUUUUUAAUUAAUUUUUACAAAUAUUUCUUUAUUUUUUAUAGAAAUUCUAGUUAAAAAUUUUUUGGCUCUUUGAAUCUUAUUUAUUUUUAUAGUAAACUUGACAACUAAAUAUAUUAGAACUUAGAAAACCAUAAUGUUAUUUAUUUAGCCCAAUGAACAAGUUAGGUGUUUACCUUUUUAAUUAUCUGCUUUACAUGUAUUAUGAGCAUCUCUCUGUCGAUUUAACACUAAGGGAUAUAAUUGUAUUUGCUAGUUAUAUCACUUCUUUUUUUUCAAAAUUCAUUCUUAGUGUAAAUCAUCACCUAUGCCCUUUAACUAAGUCAACUGAAGUGGUUGACAACCAUUUUGACAACAUGUUUAUAUAGUUCUGAAUACUUGACACCAUUAAAACAAUUGUGUUUGUGGGGUACUUAUAGUAAUAAUUUGCCCAGUAGAGUAGUAGCUAGAGUUUUUGACUCCUUUGGUGGUCCUUGAUUGUGUUGCCCCUAAUUAACGAAAACUGCAAUGCAUACAUAAUACGCAUAAUCAAAAUUACCUAUGUAAAGUAUAUUAAAUGCAUCUAAAAGUCCCCCAAAAAUAAGUGACAGGCUUUCCACCCCUCUCUUCCUACCCCCAUGCAUUGGCCAAUAUAUUUACUCCUUUCUAUCACACUUAAGAUGACCAAUUGUAGUGGAUGCUUGAUGCUAAUUUUUGGUUACAGCAACAGUUGCUUUUUUAUUGAAGAGAAAAUGAGAAACAGUAGUUAUUUGUAUAAGAAGAAAUUUAAAACUACUUUAAAACUAAAUUUUGUUUAUAUUUUGCAGCCACCUAGGAUUAUUGAGCAAUAUGACAGUAGUUUUCUCUGAACUAAUAAAACACCUUCAGUAAGCAGACAUGAGUGAACAAGUACAAUUGAUAACCUUUGGAAAGAGGGACCCUAUGUCAUCAUUAGAUCGAUCAGGGGAUGGAAACAAGGUCUUUGCUGAUCCCUGGCAACAGUCUCCUUUGUACAAAAAUGGGUCUGUGGGUAAGUUUUGAGAAGCUUCAUUCAUUAUUUUGAUAUUUACUUAUAUUUACGUUUAAAGAAAGUGUAAAUAUUAAUUAGCCAUGACCCCUCCUUAUUAAACUUAAUAAUAUACUGUGGUAUUUCCUCUUACAUUUAUAUAUUGAAGUAUUUUAUUUCAUAUUUGGCAUGAGAUUUCAAUUAAAAUUUAAAAACCUUGUGUUCGGUUGGCAGAAAUUGUGUUUUUAGGGUUGUCCCUUUGCUUUUGCCCUUUAGAAGUACUGUAAGAGAAUGGCUACUUAAUAUGUUUGGAGAGUGAGAAUAGUAUCACAAAUGAUGCUAUAGCAGGUUUAUGUUUACACACCAAAGAACUAAAUUAAGGAAGAAAAUCCUAAGUAAACAUGUAGUUUGCAUUUUAAAAAAUCCAAGUAAUUGAAAUGGACUGGAUGUAAGUAUCUUUUACACACACUGGGACUUCCAAGCCUAUACUGUUAGCUCUACCCCAGCCCUCCACCUUGGCUUUGUAGGAAUUUAAUGAAUUGAAAUGCUGAUAGCAAAUAAUAACUAAGGAAAAUCUGCUUCAGUGGAGCUUUUUAUGUCGACCAAUGUUGAACCAGCAUGUUUUCCUCAACUUGUUUUUGAUACCCCAUGAUUGUUAUUGCCAGUUUGAGGUUAUUUUUGGCUACAAAGCUGAAGUAAAUCUUGUGGAAAAAGGCUUAUCUAGUGUUUACCCUUGACUAUGGAUUUUAGCCAUAAGUUGAUGUUUUCCAGCAAUAUCAUAUGAACCCAAAAUUUGAAAAUCUAAUAAUUAUUUCUAAUGAUUUCUUGAUAUUUCUUGGGUAACUUCUGAUUGCACAAUUUUCUGAACUUGUAAUUGUGAUAUACCGGUACAAAUAAUUUCCUCUUUUCUUUAUUAUAAAAUAUAAAUAUGAAUUGUUGAAAUUAGGUUGAAACAUUUAAAGUGUAUAUAUUAACAAUUAAAAUUUCUACACUGCUUUUUAUUGCCAGAGAUUAUACAAUUUAUUCAUUGGGUUGUUAGAGCUAGUGUCCUGUUAACUUUUUAACUCCCAAGAAAUGCAGACUGAUUAUCAGAACUAAAGCAACUGCUUUCUUGUCAUUUAUGAUAAAUAAAAACAAAUCAUGCACUUUUAGUGGUCAAUUGAUUGGAAGAAGAAAUAGGACCUCAUGUUCUCCAAGUGAAUGAUAUAUUGAAAAUCAGGUUUUUAAAAUUUUGCUUUGAUUUUCAUUUUAUGUUUUAUCUGGUUCUGUUGUAACUUCUUUCUAUCAAUAUUACAUCAUUUGGCAUAAUUUUGAGCCACCAUGGCCCAGUUUCUAGUAUAUCCAAAAUAAAAAUUUCCCAACUCAAGCAUUUGUUUUUUAACAUUCAUAGUGAGCCUGCUUAUCCCACCUGUGGGGAGAGGUGUUGUGUGGACAUAUAGUUUCCUGGCAUUUCAACACCAACACUUGUGUUUUACAUACUGUUGUCCAGCCAACCACAGAAUAAGCAUACUAUAUCUAUGUAUAUAAGCUUUUCUAUUGAAGAAUAAAAAUAGUUGGCUAGAAUGGUAAAACAACUGAUUGUAAUAUCUUCGUGCCCAAAGUUUGCAUGUUAUUGCAUAAAUGAUUAACAGACCUUUAAAUAAAUUUAUCUUUAACCCUUCACACAGUUUGGCAAGCAGCAGAUAAUAUUUGCAAUAAAAAUCAAUUUUAUUAUCAGCCUUUUCUCUGAUAAUAAAUUUCUUCUCAACUCAGUUCAAAACUAUGCCAAAAGCAUUUACACAUUAAUAUAAAUGCAUUAAAAAUUACAGGGGGAUUUGAAAUAAUGUAAACUUAUUGAAAAGGGAUUAAAAUGUUUCAUAUUUUUGGAUGAUACAGUUAACAAAAAAGAAUGCUUAUCUAUUUGAUUUUGCAUGUAUAGAAAUUCAUUUAUGGGAAUAGAUCUUUACACACUUGGGAGACAAUAUUUUAUACAUGAGUCAAAUUCAUUGAGAACUCAGACCCAUCAUGACCGCCUUUUUGAAGCAAUACAAAUAUCGUAGGUCAAAUAAACAUCAAGCUAAAUUAUGCAUUGAGAAAGGGAUGAGGGCUCCAUGGCUCUAUGAGCAUAAACAAAAGGUGAUCUUGUUGAAUAAUUUUGCAAUUUUACAAAUGUAUAGCAAUACAAGGUUAUGAUAAAAAUAGUUCAGAUCAUCAAACUUAUUUGACAGCAACUUCAUGCACUUCCUGUGAAAAAGCCCCUUAUUUUUUCUUCAUCAGCUUUGAUUUAUUGCGAGACAGAAUAAAUAUCACAUUGCUGUAUUCAUAUUACCUUAUUUCAUUUAGAUUUAUUCAGUUUCUUCACCACACACUUUUUUGCCAAAAUACUGGUUUAUAAAUUUGACUGGCUAUUAAUUUUACUAUCCUGCAAUAAAGGAAAGAGCAAAAAUAAUAAUAAUUGUUGUUGAAUAAGGCAAAAACAUUGGGCUGUAGAUGUAUCAGUGUAUCAAUUGCCAUACACAUACAUAGUUUUAGCAUAUUUAUUCUAUCUUCAGUUUAUCACUGUUUGUCAUGUGUCACCCCUUUGCCCUGAUGGCUUCAAAUAUUUUAUUUUACUCCAGAAUCCUCAGCAUCUGAGCGUGAACGAUUUCUCCCCCCUGUUAAACUUGACCCAGGUUGGGACAGCAUGCCAAACUCAACAGUCGGCAUUAAGAAAAGUUCAACUGUCCAGCAGAUUGAAGAACUGGAGAAAGACCCUCCAAAAGACAGGUGAUUGACUAGUAGACACUAGAAAUGCAGUAUUUUCAAUGCCAUAGAUUGUAAGACAGUAUUUUUAAUGCUAUUGCUGUGCAUGAUCACAUCAUCUUGUUUUAACUAACUAUGCCGGUUAUUAACCCUCUUGAGACAGAACCUUUUUGGGCUGUCUGUACCAAGCAGACAUGCUUUUCACAAGCCCUGCACUUAAUUUUUUUGAAAUGGAUAAAAAUAACCUGUUUAUUUUAUUUAAAAUUAUAUAUAUUCAUAUAGAGAAUUGAAGAGCUAAUGCGAUCUUUAUAAAUCAAACUGAAAUCUCAAAUUUGCAUAAUUUGUGCAUGCAAUUACCUUUGACAUCUUUUAAUCAUCCAAUAAUGGAACUUCAAAAGUCAUUAACUUUUUUGUAAUAUUGGUGCCAAUUUUAUUAUUAAAGUUGCUUUAUUAAGGCUGUUACAAGUUGAAAUACAAGUAUGUGAGGUCAGAAGAACUUGAAGAAGCCUGAAUAUAAUUUUUUAGUGUAGUUCAAAUUUAUCAAACUUGUUUUAUUUUUUCCUUUUUAUUGUGGACUUACAAGUUUUUUUUUACAAUUUGUCUUUAUUCUCAAGGCUUAACAUUGUGUACAUUGUCAUGAUCAUCCAUGGAAUCGCCAUCCUCAUACCAUGGAACAUGUUUAUUAAUGCUAAAGCAGUAAGACAUUUUACUCAGUCUUCUUAAACAUUGUUCUUAUUGUUACAAAAUUUUCAUUUUUGUAACUCUUUGAUCUCUACUUCAAUUUUGAUUCUAUAAUAAUUGUGUGCAACUUGUAGGGCUUGUUGUAUUUACCUUGAUGGUCCUUUAGUGACACAGAUUUGACUCUUGACUGCUAACUAAAGAAACAUUUUUAUUAAAGUAUUUUUAUAUAUUAAAUUAUUGAUACUUAGGAACAUACAUGUGCUUGUUUUAUUAGGCUAAGGUUUGCUUAUAUUUUUUUUUAUCCGUCCACACUAGUAUUUUGAAAACUACAAGCUUCAAAGCAACCAAAGUUCCCCAGCUCUGAUAGAUUACAGGACCAACUUUAUGAGCUACAUAGGGAUGGCAUCACAAUUCCCUAAUUUCCUCAUGAACAUCAUUAAUAUAUUUGUACAGUGCGGAGGGUAAAUUCAAUUUUUAAGAUUUUUGUGUUACCUUUUAGGGAUGAGAAAAGAAGUUAUCCAAAUUUUUUUAUCCCUAAAUUAUGAAUAGUCUAACUAGAGUAGUUGUCUUGUCAAAAUACGCUUGAAACUAAAUUCAUAAAUUAAUGUAUUACUAUCUCCUACAGAAACACGCUUGGCCUGCGAGUUCUUUCAGGCAUCAUCAUUACAGUGAUAAUGUUUGUGCUCACAACAGUUUUAGCCAUGAUUGACUCUUCAGAGUGUAAGUAUAUCUUUAUUUAUGUUGUAUGCCCACUGCUAAACUUUUAUAUGUUUUAGAGUUUAAUUAUUAAAUUAGUUACAAAAAUUCACAUCAGUUAUAAUAAAUUCAUAUCAACGCUUUAAAAAACAUGAAUAUAGUGUUUCUUCAUCUAUCCUGGUUCCUUUUUUGAUGGUCCAAAUGUGUAGCAGAUUUUUAAAAAUGUUUAUAUCUAAUUUUGUAUCAUGGAUUUUCGCUAUAUCGCAGGACUUUGCGGUAUAUAUGUAUUUUCAUAUAUUUAUUAUUUUAAUUAUUUUUGUGGUAAAAUAAAUAUAAGCUAGCAUAAAAAAUAGAAUACAAUAUAAAAAAAUUUAUAAAAUAUUGCUUAAAACAUUUUAAAAGAAUAUAAAGUCAAAAUAGAAUACAUAGUGUACAGCAGAUGAGUAGGGAAAGACUAGCACAUAUGGAAAAUGCAAAGCUAGCAGACUAUUUGCUGAUGGAUGGAUGGGAGGCGACCAACCAGAGCACUAUGUUCUGUACCCUGGGCAGUGAAUGGCUCAGAGACCAUAGCAUCAGUCUCCUUUGUCUUUCGCGUGUAGCAUGCAUUCAUCACCUGGCCUUGUCCAUUUCACAAUGACAUUUGAUCCUUGCGUAUAGUGUUGCUCUGUGGUGUUGUGUUUUUUUGGCGAAAUUCCGUUAAAAAAAUUGAAUUUAUUUCAAGCCCCAUGAUGUCUCCCACACUCUGUGCAUUCUAAGUGUUCUGGCAUCCAUCCCAAGUGGAGGGUUUAUAAAUCCUUAAAAUAUGUAUAAAUAAAAAAUUAAAUAUAAGGUAGCUACUUCACAGAUUUUGGCCUAUUGCCAGGGUUCUGGAACCUAACCCUCACGAUAGACAGGGGAUCUUUGAAUAUCAUAUGUGAAAAGAAAAAGAUAUGCACAAAUGGAUUCCUGUUGUAAUAUUAAAUAGAUGCGUCAUGUCAUGAGAAAUUUCAUUGCAUAAAUUUAGUAUGUCAUAAAUAUAUACAAUGGAACCUUGGUAUGCAUUCACCAUGGAAUGGGUAAAUUGUCUCAAUACUUCACCAUUUGAUAAACGUUUAUCAGUUACAUUAAGCCAUACAUUACCCAGCAUUAUCCCUUUUCUAGCUGGAAACAAAAGACAUCAUUUUGAUUUGAUCUGGCAUAGAGAUAGUGUACUUUCUACGGUAUUUGCAAUUUUAACAUCAUAGGAAAAAUUUCAGGGUAUAGCCAAGAUGAAAAAAAGAGUACAGGUUGUGAAAGGGUUAAAUUUACCAUAAUUCCAUUGGAAAGUGAAUUCAACCUACUUUUUCUUUACUAUCUUCCAGGGCCUGAAAUGUUUUUCUGGAUCACUAUGGGAACAGCCAUAGUAAUUAAUGGUGAGUCCUUUAGUCAACCCAAUUAAGAAAGUGUUAAGCAAAUGAAUGGGAAAUUUCUCAACACAUUCAUUUUUGCAUUAAUUCUGUCUCAGAAGCAUUAAAAUUUUAAUAUUACACAAUAAACAUUAUUGAAAGAUUGUUUUAUAAAACUGAGGUAAAUUUGACUUCAUAGAUUACUAGCAAGCCAUUGACAAAACAAGUAUCUUGAAAUCUAAACACAAUUACAUAAUUAAGGAUUUUCUGCCAAGCUGAUUUUAAAAUAUAUAAGGAUUAAAAAUGUAUCAGUAAUUAGAUUAACAAAUGCUGUAUUAUCAUUGUGUUCAUGUUUCAACAGCUGCUGUUGGGAUCUAUCAGAACAGCAUGUAUGGCUUAGCAGCUAGUCUGCCUAUGAAAUACACUAAUGCCAUUAUUUUUGGGAAUGUGAGUUUGCUAAUCUUAGAAUCAGUUAUAUUCAUAUAUUAUGUGUUUACCAUUCCUCAUAUGGUAACUCAAAUGUGCCUUAAAAACCAUCAUAUUGUUAAGCAAUCAUCAAAGACUCUCAUGAUUUUUCCCAGUUGCCAUCUGCAAAAUUCAACCCACUUAAACCUUAUUUAAACUUUGUUUUAAAAUUAAUUUUAAAAUAGAGAAAAAAAUUAUCCUCUUUUUAUACUGUUAGGCCCUGAUUAAAGCCCUUAUAUAUAAAUUGAAAAUAAAUAAACUAAUAUAAAAAAAAAUAACUUUUUGUUUUUAUAGGCAAGUUUAGAGAAUGUGGACUUAAGUUUAUCAUGACUUGAACUUUGCAAGGUGAUAAUCAGAUUUCAUUUUGAAUGAAACUCAUAUUUUUCAGAUCUUUAGAAUUGCCUUAGUCAUAGAAUAAGUUAAUUGUAAUAUUAUUUCAGAAUAUAUCUGGCACACUGGUGGCUCUCACUAAUAUUAUUGUACUUGCAUGUGAGUAUGGACACAAAUUUAAAGCAUUGAAGAACCAAUAUGAAAUAAUUUUCAAAUAUUUUGUCAAGGACUCAGUGAAUUUUAAAAAAAUAACCAUUACAAAAAAAACAACUUGUCUUUUGAACAGUUUUUUUUUUUUUCAAACCUUUUUCUAUUGGUCCCCCCCCCCCCCCCCCCCUUCUUUAAAUUCAUUAAUACAUAAGCUAAGUAAAUUGUUCCAGUUUGUAAUGAGAUAAGAUUUGAAGUUAGUUUUAAAAAAAUGUUUUUACAUUAUGAUAAAACCAUUUGACUACUUGUUUGUAUUAUUUCUAUUUCAGUGUCUCCAGGAAAAAAAACAUCAGCCAUUUACUAUUUUGUGGUGGCAAUUAUUAUUCUAAUGUUAGCUUUUGAUGCCUAUUUUAUCACUGGACACACAGUAAGUACACCUAUUAGCUUGAAAAAUGUCGACUCAUCGAUAUGAGCUAGUGAAUGUAUGUAGACAGCUGUAUGGCCUGCUUAAAUGAACCAUUAUUUAAUUCCAAGUUUAGACAGAAAAUAGCUACAAGGAUAGAAAAUUAUGAGGCUGUAAUAUUUUUAAAAAUCAUUAAAUUUCAGAAAUUCUAUCGCCAUUAUUGUAAGCUCACCGAACUGAAGAAGCAGGAAUAUCAUGAGAAAAAUGCCAACAGUCGUGAUCCAUUUUAUAAAUUGCUCUUUAGAAGCUUUGGCAGAGUUUUCACAAAGGUAGGUGGUUAGUGCUGUUAUUUUUUAAGUGUUAACCUCUAAAAGUUGUUGGUUGAAAUGUUGAUUACCAGUACAGUUUUGUGCACCAAAUUAUAUUAUUGAGGAACAUCUCUUAGAAAGGGCCUUUUUUCCAAAGAGUGCGUUUAAAUUGGUAAUAUCAAAGCAUAUAUAAACUUGAAUGGCUAUACACCACACUGUGAUGAUAGAAUUCAAAUCUACACUUACAAUCUACACUGUGGCAAAAGGGCCUACUACUACUCUUAUGUAAUAUCAGAACAUACAUUAACUACUUUAUAUUGUAAUACAACACACUGUAACAGUAGAAUUAAAAUUAACACUGUGGCAGAGAGACCUAAUACUACAAUGUUUAUGUAAUAUCACAGCAUACUAUGUAAAGUAAAUUUGUAAUAGAGCGCACUGGCUGUAGAAUUCAAAUUUAGACUUAUAAUAUAUACUCCAAUAUAAAGCCUACUAUAUUUAUGUAUUAUUUCUAUAUUCAAUUGCAAUUAAAACUUGUUUAUUUUUUAUUCAAUUUAGAUCUAUCACCUUAUGUUUGGAGUUUGGUUUACAUUUUUUAUCACAUUGUUACUAUUUCCUACUGUAAUGAGUGACAUUAAACCAUUGGAGAUUGACAUGGAUGGUAGGUAUCAUUAGUUCACUAAUUUUUGUCAAAUAUUUGGGGUUUUAGAAAAAUCUCUUAUCUUUAAAAUGAUCCAUGUGUACAAGUGGUUCACAACCCAAGCAAAUGUUGCACUUACCUCUAUUGUAAUGAAAUGUUUUGAGAAAAUAAUUCUGAAUGAAGUACUGCAAAAACUUGACCCCCACCAAUUUGCUUACAAACCUGCCAGAAAUACGGAGGAUGCAAUCUUACUAUUGUUGGAGAGACUUUACCAUCACCUAGACAGUCCUAAAACAUAUGCCAGAGUGCUUUUCUUAGACUUCUCAUCAGCAUUUAACACUAUCCAACCACACCUUAUGAUAAAGAAACUUUCCUCGCUAGGUGUCAAUUUAAAUAUUCAGGCUUGGAUACUGAACUUUUUAACAAAUGGACCUCUAUAUGUCAAAGUAAAUGACCAAUUAUCUCUAACCAGAGAAAUAAGCACCGGGGCACCACAAGGCUGCGUUCUCUCUCCUUUACUGUAUACAAUAUAUACCGGUACCAAUGAUAUUCAAAGCUCAAGCGACACCGUUCCAAUAUUAAAAUUUACUCAUGAUACCCCCAUUGUUGGCUUAAUAUCUGAAGGAGAAGGCCUAUACCGCACUUUAGUUACAAGCUUUAUCAAUUGGUGCAAUGAAAAUUUUCUCCAGUUGAAUGUCCCAAAAACAAAGGAAAUGGUUGUUGAUUUAAGGAGGGGGAAACACCAGAUUACAGAUCUCAGUGUAGAAAAAGUGGAGGCAUACAAGUACUUAGGUGUCACGAUUAAUAGUAAGCUAACAUGGCAUGAGCACGGCCAAAUGCUGCAUAAGAAAUUCAACCAAAGACUGUUCUACCUCAAAAAACUGUACAAUUUCGGCAUAAACAAGCAAGUCGUUAACUUAUUCUACAGUGCAACAAUUGGAAGCCUACUUAAUUUCAGUAUUACCUGCUGGUGUGGGACUCAACAUCUGAUAUUAAGCACCACAUAAACUGACUAAUCAAGAAAGCUAGGAACAUAACAAGCUAAACAUCCUUCACUUGAAGAACUAUUUGAAGAAAGAUGUUUUUGUAAAACUAAACACAUUUUGGAUGAUACAUCCCACCCUCUUCAUCAUAAAUGCUUAGGAUCGGGCCGUUCGGGACAAAUUAUUUCCAUCAGGGCGAGGACUGAAAGAUAUAAAAAUUCUUUUGUUCCCCAAUUUGUACUAUUUACCCGCGUGCUCCCUGAGAAGUCACACAUCUUAAUGAGAACUAAUAAGUCCCCGAUUGGUUGUUUGAAAUAAUUUAUUAUAAAUGUCUUGUGUUCAAAUUGUUUUAUUUGCGUGCUGAAAAUGUAUAAUGCAAUCAAAAAACAUUUCCAUUUAUUUGGAUCAACAAAAGAAUCUUAUCUUAUAUUAAAGAGCUUAUAACAGUUUAUUUUUACAUAUGCAGUAAUUUUAAAAUUGAUAAUAGUAUCUUUGAUAUUUAAAAGACACUAUUUAAUUGGUGAGAUAGAUUAGAUUUAGAACCUGCUAGAUUUGCUCUUCAUUGCAAGAAUAAUUUAGAUGAUUUAUGGCACCAAUGGGCUGUAAAACAUUUAAGAACCACUGCAAUAGACAAUGCUGGACCACUAAAAUUAAUAAUUUGAUUUUUAUUUGUUUUUCAUCAGGUGAAUAUUGGACUGCAAUCUUCUGCUUCUUGUUCUUCAAUCUGUUUGCUACAUUUGGAAAUUUGACGACUGAGUUUAUCAGAUGGGUAAGAAGUAGAAUUGUCCAUUGGGGCUAACACUGCAUUUCCCUUUAACACUGACAAUUUUAUAGAGGGUACAACUACAAGAAAUAUUGUGUGUGGGUACAAAAAAAAAAUGGUUGUUAUCCAAUUUCAGGGGGGGUGGGGGGUGUUAUUAUUUUAAUUACAUUUAAUUGUACUUGUGAUAAUUAAAUAGGAUAUAUUGACCUGAUUUUUAAUUAUUUUUUUAGCCCAGUCACAGAUGGAUUAUUGUGCUGGUCCUCUUGCGGGUUUUCUUUAUUCCUUUAAUGGUUCUGGGCAACUUUCGUCCUGAGACAAGAUCCUGGGCAGUGUUAAUCCCAUAUGAUGGUGUCUUCAUUGCCACAGCUGUUCUUUUUUCCUUCUCAAGUGGAUAUUGUAGUAGUUUAACAAUGAUGUAUGCUCCCAAGUAAGUAGUAUUUUUAAAUUAUUAUUAUUUUUAAUAUUUUUUUUAAAAAGUAAAUUUUAUUUAGUUUCACAUAAUGUUUGCACCUUCAAAGGUAUUUAACCAUAUUUUAAUUACUCUUGAUAAAAAAACAACUUUUAUUCUAAAUUUACCUGGAAUUGUUGUUUUUUCCCUUAGGUGUGUUGAACACAAUGAUGCGCCAAUUGCUGGCAUGAUAAUGGCCUUAUCUCUUGUGUUUGGCAUUUUGUGUGGCAUCAACUGUUCAAGGAUUUGGGGGUUUGUCAUUUGAUCAGGUUGAUCAAGGACCACAGGAAAGAUGAAAUUAAAGUAUUUUCUCUUUACUCCAAGCUAAUCUUAAACAUUAAAGUAGGUAGCAAACUUUGUUUACUCCCAAAAAGUUUUAAUUUCACAAAAGGUGACUUUGUUCUGUGUUGAGCUGUUUUAAAACUACAAUUCAAUCAGCUGUCUAUGGAUGAAUUAUACUUAUAGGCCCAACAAAUAUAAUAGUUUGACAUCAGGAUUUAAAAGUUAACAAUUAUGUGUUCAGAUUGGUUAUGAUAGAAAUGAUUUCUCAGCUCAACAUAAGACAGCUUUAAAAUGUGUUACUUUUGCUUGUAACCAUCUUUGGAUGCCAUGAUUUGUCCUUUUUUUUUUUUACUUGAAGACAACUGAUUAACACUAUGGCAUUUUUUACAAUUUUUAUUUGUUUAAUGUUACUCUGCAUCAUUUUCUUGUGCCAGUCUAUCUUGUUGAGGCUGUCCUAUAAACAAUUAUCUGAACUAUCCCCCGUGUCAUUGCCAAUCCUUGAUUUAUCUUUAUGUAAAUGGUCAUGACUAUUUUAAUGUCGGUUGUUUCACUACUUCAGCCAGCAUUAAUGUUGAACAGAAGAGUUCUUCUGGGUUUUCCAUCAGGUCUUCUUGAAUUCUGGUUGUUUGUGUGAUACUACUGGUGAAUUCUGAACAUUGAUUAUGUUUUUCAAAAUUAGUUUUUGCUACUCCAGCCCAGGCUUUUGGCAUGUAAUCUUAAUAGGGC